AUGUCCUCCGUCAUCUCUCGUCCGGCCGUCAGCAUCAAUCGACUUCCCCCCCGUCGUAUCCCAGCUGAACCGCGCGAGUCCAUGAAUUGCAAAUCCUGUCGAAAGCGCAAGAUCAAAUGCAAUCGCAUGCGCCCUAGCUGCGAGGCCUGCAGGGUCUUCCAAUGCCCGUGUAUCUACGACGCCGUGCCCAAGAAACGUGGCCCCAAAACAGACGUCCUCGAGGCCUUGCUCAAGCGCGUCGACAGCCUCGAGAAACGUCUCCAGGACGAGAACAAUCAUCCUAUCUCCCCCUCGUCACCACGCAUCCCGGACAAAGAACCCCCGGACCUGGCCUCCAUCGCCUCGACCGUACCCCCGCUGCCGGAUCCGUUGUCGCUGUCCCGUCCCUUUGCGAACCACCACCACCACCAGCCGUCCUCGCCUCCCGUGCAGCACUUCGCCUUGCCCGAUGCCGUCCUCGACGCUUACCUGGCCCGUAUCCAUGGCAAGCCCUACUUCAUUCUGGACGAGGCGGCGACACGGCAACGCCAUCAGUUGGGUCAGCUGCCCGUCGCCUUGUCCAUGGCAAUCUAUGCCAUCACCCUACGGUAUACAAGCUCCUCCAGCCCGCCUGACCACGUCCAGAUGGCCCUGGAUUAUGCCCUACAGGCUCGUCGGCUGGUCGAUGUCGAUCAGCCGUCAUUGGACGGUUUGCAGGCUCUGCUGCUCCUCUCGCAGACUUAUUUUGCCCACGGGUUGGGCAAGAAAGCCUACAUGACUUUUACCAACUGUGCCGCCAUGACUAUCGCCCUCGACCUCUACCGUGAACCCCCCAAGAGCCUCCCCACGUCGGACCGCGAGAUGCGCCGGCGGCUCUUUUGGGCCGUCUACAUCAUGGACCGGUUCCUGACCUGCGGCUCGCGACGGCCGGGUUUCAUUGCCGACCACUCGGUGGUGCUGCGCCUGCCGGCCUGGUCGCCGCACGCGGCCAGCCUCAGUGUCCCCGGCGAGCUGUUCAACACCGUGGGCCCCAACAUCCAAUACUCGACGGAUCCGCGGCGCAAACCGGCGGCCACGGCGUUGCUCAUCGACAUCACGCGCAUCCUCGGCAUCACCAACCGCUACCUGGCGGCGGGCGGCCCCAAGGGCGACUCGCACUUCCCCUGGCACGCGCUGUCCAACCUGUCCAGGAUCCGCCAGGCGCUGGACGUCUGGGCCACGGGCACGCAGGACGUCUUCGCCUCGGUCGAGGCCCUGUUCGGCCACCCGGAGAGCUCGAUCCUCCUGCUCAGCAAGCUCAUCUACCACCUCGUGCACUGCCUCCUCUACCGCCCGUUCCUGCCCAUCGACCUGCUCGAGCUGCGCGGCACCGGCCAGCACCAGUCGUGGCAGAUCGAGGCCACCCACCUGUGCUUCUCGCACUCCAACGCCAUCGCCGAGCUGGUCGAGCUGGCCCGCCGCGCCCCGCUCGUCGAGUGGCCCGCCUUCGUCGGCUACUGCGUCGGCACCGCCGGCACCGUCCACGUCCACGGCGUCCACUACAAGGGCCGCGACGGCGAGGAGGUCUUCUCGUCCAGCGCCGACUUCCUCGCCCGCGAGAUGCACCAGCUGACCUGGCUCGGCGCCUCCUGGGCCGGCGUCCAGCACCAGCGCGACAUGCUGCAGACCGUCUACGCCUGCCACGCCGACCUGGUGCGCACCCUAACCAGCAGCCCCAAGCGCUUCUCGCCCGCCGUUUUCCACCUCGAGGAUUUUCUGGACCGCUACCCAGGCUUGACCACGGAUGGAUCGCAUAUGCGUUUGGUGGAUAUGGACGAUCUACCCCAGUUCGACCACUCCCUCUCCUUCGAUAACAGCCACGCUUCCACUUCCACUUCGACUUCGACUUCGACUUCUGCCGCCGCCGCCGCCACCGGUGCUGGUCCAUCCAUCAUGACGCCCGGCGCACAGUCGCAAGCCAGUUCGACGCAUACCACCGGUGGGAGCGGCGACACCAGUGCCAGUGCCAGCGCUAGUGCCAGCGAAAAGGACCCGUUUCUGAAUCUGUUGGAGCAGCUCGCGGAGAACGAGCAGAAUGCGGCGGGGGGGCCGAGCGAGCUGGAUUUCUUCCUCGAGAUGGAGGAGAAGAGUUAG